UGGCCGAACCUGCUCCCCGCCGUCGUCUCGCGGAUUGACAAGAUCGCCCACUACGAAUUCUCCAUCCCCCAUAUCCCGCCGCCGCAGCUUCCCCUCCGGCCUCCUUCGCCGCGCUUCCUCGCCCCGCUGCCGUCGUCGGACGCGUUAGAGCCGCCCGACUCGUCCGACACGGCGCUGUCCUCGCAGGAGACCAACAAGGAGAAUGCGAAUCCCUCUCCGUCGCCGCCUCUCUCCAGGUCAACGGGGACACUCCCCGCAGCCAUCGCGGCGCAACUCGAAGAAGUCACGUCUACGCUGACGCUCAACUUUAGCCAGUUCCCACCACACACCAUUCAGCGGCUGGCCGAGCUCGUGCUUCGCCCGCGCCAGCACUACCGCGGCCUCGUCGCCUACCUUCACGCACUCGAUCGCGUGGUCCACGUAACGAGCGGCGCCAAUAUCUACCCGCUGCCGCCGGCGAUACCAGACAUGGGCGCCAUGUCUCUGCUAGCUAAUGGCGUGGGCGGCGCCGGUGGCCGCCUGAGCAUCAACACGUCGGCAGCUAAUAAUAUUGGGUCUGACGAGGCGCUGGGCGGCGCCCUGCUGACGCCCAUCCCAUGGCUGGCGCGGCACGCGAACGGGGGCGGCAGUGAUGACAGCAGCGAUGCGGGCAGCCUGUCGCCAUCCUCUGCCGCAGGGGGCAGUCAGGUGCGCACCGAGAGCACCGAGACGAUCGAGGGCCCCAACGGUAUGGGCAGCAUCGAGACCGUGUCGGUGUCGGUCAAUGGCAUCCCGUCGAUGGGGGCCGGCGCGGCGCUCGUUCAGCGCGGCGUCACGCAAGGCGAGCUACUACGCCAAGAGCAGCGGGCUGGCGUCGUACCUUUGAGCCAGCUAGCCCGGCAACAACAACAGCAGCAGCAGCAGCUAGAGCUUGCCGCUGCCGCCCUCAAUGGCGGCUCGCUGGAGCCAUCGCUUAUCACGGACGAUACGGGCGCAAGCUCCGAGGUAGCAGACGAGGAUGCCGCAAUGAACGAAUCCGCCGAGGGCGAAGACGAAGACGAGAUACCGCAUGCACGCGGUCCCGAGGAGAUUGGGGCUCUUGAUACGGGCUCGCAGACCGCCACUACGAGUGACCUUGCGGUCGGACCAAGCGGAACCGUUGACAUUAGCAGCAUCGAUGUCGAGGCCGCCGUCGGACGACGCUUGCAGUCACCACCUAAGCAGCAGAAGACAGAAGGCGCCAGCCCGGAGGCUGCCACGGUUCCGGAGAGCCCGAAGCGGGAGGCGGAUGACGAUCUCGAGCUAGGCCCGAGCAAGAAGCGAGUAAAGGAGGAC